AUGACUAUCGCACCCUAUCAAAAAAUCACGCUACAAGUCCCCGCAAAGAUCAACCCCCAGAUCCGCGUGGGACCCUUACGCCAAGAUGGAUACCACGACAUCACACUAGCUUACCAAGCUAUAUCCCUCUACGAUAGCUUGACUAUCACACAUAACCCAGAAGGUCCAACCAUGACCGUCACAGGCAUGGACAGCGACCGAGUCCCAAACGACAGUCGCAAUCUAGUGAUAAAAGCCGCAGCCCUCCUAGCAAAGCAGGUGGGCGUCUCGCCACGACUACAUUUCGAGCUUUCAAAAAUGAUCCCCUCCGAAGCGGGUCUUGGAGGCGGAAGUGCUGACGCGGCCGCGGCGCUGGUGGGGUGUAAUCUGAUGUGGGGAAGUACGCUCGACGACGACGAACUGAUGGAGCUGGGGGCGCAGAUCGGGGAAGACGUCCCGUUCUUCAUUAAUGGGAUGAUGGCGCUCGGUUUGGGUCAUAAGCAGCCAUUAAUUCCGUUGGAGGUAGCGGAUUAUCCCUGGAUAUGGGUGUUGGCUGUUCCUACGCGCGGUCUGUCGACGAAGGGUGUUUUCCAGGAGUAUGAUAGUGAUAUGACUGGUUCUCUAGCUGAAGAGGAGGAGGCAUAUACUUGCCGCCGGAAAGGGUGUAUUGAUACUCCCUGGGGAACGACGCCACCCAUGGAACUGUUGAGUUCGCUUGUGAAUGAUCUUGAAGUGCCUUCCUCGAGGUUGUUGCCUGAUAUUGGGGUUGCGCUGGAAGCUGGGAGGGCGUUUGGGGCAGCUGCAAGUUUGAUGUGUGGUUCUGGGUCUACAUGCGCUUUUUUGGCGAGGGAUGAAGCGCACGCUGUUCGGCUGAGAACGGAACUACAGAAGAUGGCGAUCUUUCGAGAGGUGAUGGUCGCCGCGGGUCCUGUUGAGGGGGUCAAAGUUAUUGAGGCUAGUAGGUGA